UCUGUCCCUGAAAAUAGCAUAUUGAGCUGUAUGUAAAUGAUGUGAAAAUGCCACAAAAAGCACAAGAGGAUGCUGUUACUAAUAUGAAAACAGUACAACACAUUUCCAAGCAGCUGGGAUUUGAAUGGACUGUUGUAGCCUAUGAGUUGGGUUUUACUCGAGAGGAGGUAAGGGAGUUCCAUGUGAAGGUGCAGCAGAAAGGAGCCCAAGCAAAAACCAUGCUGGAGUGCUGGUACAAGAGAUCCUGGGACAAGAGCAAUAAAACAAAGUUACUGCAAGAUGGACUAGAGCGGGCUGGCCGUCGUGACCUGGCUGAGCAUCUGCGCUGCCUUCACUGGGGACAUCAGAAACUAAGCCACAAAGUGGAGCUUCCUUCUGCAUUUCCUUAUAUCAUUACUGUCCAUAAGACCAUAAAGAACAAAGAGGGUUUGCGUCGAAUUAAUGAUCUCAACCAGAGUUACAGUUAACUUUGAAUAUAUCAAUUUAUGAGGGUUUUCUGCUGGUUUUAAUGACUGAAAUUUAAGAAGAUAUUGUUAAAGAUGCUGUAAGUGAUCUUAGGAUUUCUCUUCGCGUUAGUAUGUGAUUUGGGUCAUUUUAUGAAACAGGUGCCUUUUCCCACUAUAACAUUUUCAUCAAAAGUAAACUUCUUUUCAUUUUAUCCACAGCAUUAAAGACUUAGUCACCCUCCAAAAAAUCUUAUUUGCCCACCUCAGGCAUUUUUUUCCCUCCAUUGAAAUGUAAUGGAUUGAAAUAAAAUACAUAUGACAGGGUGGUAAAUUUCAUGAUAAAAUGGCUUUAGCUAUCCAAUAACGGUCAAGAUAUUGACUUAACAUACAUGCCUUCAAUUAGAAAUGUAAUUUGCUUAGCAUUGAUGGUGUUAAAACUGUAAUUAAAACUGUUAUUCCUGUCAAAUUUGCAUGAAGGGGUGAAGGGGUGGUUGGAUUAAGCUAGAUGGACCCCCUCAUAGUAAUGAAAAAGCAACAA